UAUAAUUCGCGUUACGUGUGCAUUGUAAAUUUGCAAGUAAAGAGUGUACUGAUCCGUGGAUGUUUGACAAACUGGAGCGCCGAAUUGAAUAAUUAGUGUGGUAUGUUGUAUAUAACGCGGCCGGAAAACGACAGGGGCACAGUGCACUUCGCUGGCUCACUGGAGAACCUUGUUAGCAACAUGAACUCAUACAUUGUGGUAUCCUGCCUUUUGGCAUUCGUUGCCAUCGCCUCAGCAAACCCCCCGGCCACGCUCUCAUACCUCCCCUUAGCGACCAUCGAGAAUAUCCCGAACCCAAGCUACGGGUUCAACUACGCCGUGAACGACCCGGCCACGGGCGACAACAAGGCACAGUGGGAGACGCGCAACGGCGACGUCGUCCAGGGCGCCUAUUCGCUCGUGGAGCCCGACGGGAACGUCCGAGUCGUCGAGUACACUGCAGAUUCGCUGCGUGGCUUCAACGCCGUUGUAAAGAGGACUGGCCCUAACGUGCACUCGGUGGGGCUGGCCGCCGCGCCCGCCGUCAUCGCGCCGAUCGCUCCUAUCGCCCCGAUCGCGCACGCCCCCAUCGCAGCCAUCGACCCCGAGCCCAUCGUGCACAGCCCGAUCAUCACCCCCGUCAUCGACACCGCGCCCAUCAUCGCCCCUUACGACGUGUACCCGAUCCUGCCGCCCCUGGAGCCCUGGGUGCACCUCUCGGGCGCCACCUACGGCCACAAGGGCAACAUCGUCCGCCGCUGGACCGCCGGGCCCAUCUCUCUCGCCGGACAAAAGCUGACCAUUCGAACCAAGCACUGACCUAGUGCUAAUAUUUAUAAGCUUCUACGUGUAUAGGUAACCAUAGUUACUCACGGCGCUUGUGUGUUUUGGCAUACAGAUAUAUGUUAAAAUACACAUAGGUCUUGAUAGAAGUUAAGUUACGGUUAAUUCCAAAGCAACGAAGUGUACCUG